CCGCGUUGGGGAUCGGACUUCCAGCCGGUAACGAACUCGAUCCAAACCGACCCGCCUCUUGCCGUAAAAGGAUUACGGGGCGAGAGAUGGAGAAGGGGAGGUGUGUGUAGGGCAUCGUUUCUGGGCAUCGAGGGAAGCUUCUCUGAAUUUCUGGUUUUUAAAAGCAAGUCUUCUGACUUGAUGCUUACUCAUGCUGCACUAUUGAGUUGAUCUAUUUAGACAUGGGGAACAAACCGGCAACACCAAAGAGGGAUGAGAUUCUUGUCAAAGUCAUGCCUCCGAUUGAUCAAACUUUGGUUCGAUGGAUUGCUCGGGAUGUUGAUAGGAUUUAUGGGUUUGUUCCGAAGAAACCGCGUGCAAUAAAACCACCUGAGCAUUACAUCGAGUACAUGCGAUUACAGGGAUGGUUGGAUGUAGAUUUGGAUGAUGCUGAACUGGCUCGCUUGUUAAAGUAAGAAGCGGCAUUUGCGUCCUUUGGCAGGAUUUGUCGUUCCUUUCUAUUAGAGUUUCCAGAGAGAUGUAGUUGCAAGAUGGGUGAACCAUGUUACACCACUAAAUAGAAAGAAACGCAUUGGGCAGCCUGAGGUUUGCGAAGAUGACUUGCAUUAAAUUGCUAAGAGAAUAUUGUUUAUUUCUUCCUCA